UCCUGAUAUGUGUUUCCAUAGCUCCCUUAGUGCCGGUGUACGAUAAAGACGGUGUGGCGCUGACACUGAGUUGUGAGAAGCAGUCAGACACCGCCAUGACAGUCAUGCUAACAGCCUCCAACUCCACCGACUCAGACAUCAGCAGCUUCACCCUGCAGGCUGCAGUGCCCAAGAGUGUCAAGUUAAACAUGAAUGCUCCCAGCGGGGACUCUCUUCCUGCACGAGGCGCAGCUAAGGUGACCCAGAUGGUCGUCCUCAACUACCAAAACAAGGUGAACCUGAAGAUGAAGGUCCGCAUCUCUUACAGCAGCCGAGGGUCGACCUUUCAGGACACGGUGCAGAUCGACACCUUCCCCGGACUCUGACAGCAGCCAAUCAGGAAACAGGACUACGACAACACUCUCCGGAUGAGUCAGCAGGAACCUUACAGACGGCUGGAGUUUUUAGAAAAUGUUGCCGUCACACCCUCCACACUACCGUCUAAAGCUGCUGUUUCUAAGAAUUCCUGAUUUUGUUAGUGUUUUUACAGCUGAAGAAACCCUAAUAAGCCUGAACUCACCAUAUCUCCUAGAAUCCACGUGCAAAUGUGACCGAUGGCAUUAUUUAAUAUGGCACAAGCUUUAGAAUUUGCCCCUCUAAUACAAAAAUAGAAAUCGAUUUUCUUGGAUUUUUGCAAACAAAACUGUCCGGAAAAGAUGGCAUGUUUUUUUGGUAUUAUUUCACUCCAUAAAUAUGUCCGGUAUAUGUCCUCACGUUUGAAGUGAUUUUUCCUAUGAAGUAUUUGCCUUUACCAUUUUAACUUUGUUGUACUAAUGACACACCACUAUCACGAUGAAACGCUCUGAUCCAGUACACUUUAUUUGACUGGGAAACGCAGGGAUAUAAAUUAGAGAUUUUAGGGUUUAGGAUCGUAAACACAACCUUAGGUGUUGCAGAUUUACCAUGCCUCCUUCAGCUCGGAAAAUUCACCUCAUUAAUUCCCCUGUGCCUUUCAUCCCCUCAACAAACGAGGUUUUUUGUUUUCAUGUACAAAAAAUAAUGCAAUUAUAUUUGGUUUUUAGUGGCAAAGAAAUGGUUUUAAAUGUGAGGGUUGUAGUCCUCUUUAACAUGUUUUUAUCAUUCCGACUCGAGCAUGCUUUUCCUGACCAGUAUCUCCUCGUCUGUUGUUUACAGAGGCUCCUGAGUUAUUUUAUUUUAUGAAGACUGUGUACAGUGAUAGAGGGAUGGGCAUGAUACUGUCUACAAGAUGUAUAUUUCAGAUUUUAAGUAUAUUAGCACAAUAAGAAGAGUUUUUGGAAAAUCUUGAAUCACCUCAGUAAUUUGAUUACUCAUCUCAUAAUCAUGGAUCUCUAAUUAAAAGAAAAACACUCUGGACGUAAACAACGGUGCUUUAAAUGGAUUUCAGUGUACCUGUUUCAGAUCACUACCUUAAAGUAGAGAUGUAAAGAAAGACCAGGAUGAGUAUUCUUGUUUUCGCUGGUUGUUGAAAUCUGUUCCUUGGCAUUUUCUAAUAAAAAAUCUGUUUUCAGUACCGUCA